CGAACGUUUACAGCAUGUGCCGAGAUGUAGAAAACUAGGAAAAACUAGCAAAACUUCACUCUUGAGGGUUCUUAUUUGGAAUUUAUUGCCUGAAUAGAAGGCAGACAAAUUAUAGAAAGAGAUGGUUGUAGAAAUUCGAGCAAAAUGACUGAGAAUAUAUUUUGUGAGGCUUGUAGAAUACCCGGCUCUUCCAGCAAGAUGUCGAUUUAUCAACUCAACAUGGAAGAAGCGAUUUUGAUGUGUGAGAACGCACAGUGUGUGUUUACCAUGGUCCUUGGGGCAGCUCGUCUUCAAGACUAUAUCAUCACAAGAAAAGCAGAAGACAUAUUUAAGCUAAAAUCAAAGGGGAAAAAAGACAAUCAAGACAUACAACCUAUGAGACUCGACAAGGUUAUCCACUGGGAGAACGUUGAUGCCCUAUGCUGGCUAAAUAGUGCAUUAAGUGUUCUUGUUCAUAAUAGCACCAUAAAGCAUUUGAUAUCAAGAAUACAGACAAGUGAGAACUCUUUGYUAAAGUGCUUGGUUAAUCAGUAUGCUAAAGCACAAUAUCUGUCAGAAGUUGAUAUGAUCAAUGCAAAGAAAGUUCUUAUAGAUGUACGGGAUUUAGUAUGGACAUUUUUAUGUCCUAAAAUGAAAUGUACRCUUGGUGUAAAUGAUUCACCUUUGUUUGCRUUGCUGUUGUUGUUGGGAGAGAAUGUCAUCACUGCAGACAGAUGUAUCCAGGAAUAUGUGUGUGAAUUCGCUUGUCAAUCAUGUCAUCAUACAGAAACUACAAGACACAAAAAGCAUGUUGUAACUUUCCCUAAUACUCCACUGAACUUUGUACUUCAAGAAGCAUCAUUUCAAAGACCUUGCAACAAUUGUAAUGAAAAGAGACAAUGUAYUAAGAUUAUUCACACCAGGGUACCUGAUGUUUUGUUUUUCCAUUUUGUUGAGGGAUUGAAAUCUUCAGAUUAUUUGAAUUAUAGAUUCAAUCAUGAAGGUUUCAGCUAUCAUGUAACACAAUUUAUACAAUAUAAACAUGAUCCUGACCAUUUUAUUUGCUGGACAAAACAUGAAGAUGGUCUCAGAUGGCUUGAUUUGGAUGAUUUAAAACCACCAUUACACUGCUGGUCAGAUAGCCUUCCUGAUGUGCCUCCAUCACAAGUCCAUAUCAUAGUUUUAGAAAGAGUAUCUUCGCCAUGCAACACUUCAUCUGGUGAUCAACAUGUCAGCAAAAGUCAGUCCAAUGUUGCCGAAAUAUCAAAAGUUGACUCAUCUUCACAAGAAAACCAAUUAAACAAUGCCAAAAAACAAGACAUUGAAAAUGAACUUGAUGCAAAACUAAUUAUUUUUUCCCAAGAAACACCAUCUAAAGACAAUUUAAUAGAUAAUAAUUCCAAUCGAUUUCCAUUCAAGGAUUUAAAUAAUCCAAAUAGGACUCCACAAGUCGUAAGCUGUCAUAGUGAAAGAACGAGUUCUCAAUCUAGAACACUAAAUUCCUCAAUACCAUACAGGGUUAAGCUAAAGAGACUGCCAAGUGGAAGACAAUUACAAACUUUUCUUGCCAAAAACCCUAAAAUGUUAUUAAAUGAAUUCCAGCCAUAUGUUCCUAAAAAAGAAAGAUCUUGUCUUCCUGAAGAAUCUUGUAUAGAAGGCAAAACAAACUGUGGAAACCUUCACAGUCCAUCUGGAGCCUUGAAUUCCCCUACAGAUAGUGGCUAUUCUAGUCCCAGUUCUGUGAGUUCAUGUUCAUCUAAUGUAAUAAUUGGUAAAGAGGAAAGUAUUGCUGAUGAACUAGAGAAACUGCUGCCAGACUGUUUGGAGAAUGCUGCACCAAUCGAGGAAAUGUCUGCAAGACAAGAUGACUUCAUACAGCAGCUUUUAAACAGCUGAAUUAAAAUAUAGCUUUUAUGAUUUAAAUGUGGGAAAUAAGAUUCUCUGUCUGGAUGAAGAAAUGUAUAUUUGAAUAAUUUAAUUAAAUUUUGCAAACACUAAAAAA